AUGUGGUCAUGUAUUACUGACUUCUUUACUUAUGAAACCACUAAGUCGGUGGUGGUGAAGAGUUGGACCAUCGGCAUCAUCAACAGAGUCGUCCAGCUCCUCAUCUUCACGUACUUCAUCGGGUGGGUGUUUGUUUAUGAGAAAGCUUACCAGGUGAGGGACACAGCAAUCGAGUCUUCAGUAAUGACAAAGGUGAAAGGUUUUGGAGUCUACAAUGACAAAGUCAUGGAUGUUGCAGACUAUGUCACGCCAACGCAGGGAGCUUCUGUCUUCUGCAUCAUUACAAAACUGAUUACAACAGAAAAUCAAGUACAAGGACAUUGUCCAGAGAGUGAGAAGAAAUAUUAUUGUACUCACGACAGCAACUGCACACGAUUUGUUAACAAACCGGGAAGUUAUGGAAUACUUACAGGGAGAUGUGUUGCUUUCAACACCACAAUCAAUACAUGUGAAAUUAAAGGAUGGUGUCCUGCUGAGAUUGAUACCAUCAACAGUACACCGAUGAUGGAAGUUGAGAAUUUUACUAUUUUUAUUAAAAACAGCAUCCGAUUUCCAACCUUCAACUACACUAAAGGGAAUUUCCUACCCACCAUCACUGACAAAUAUAUCAAGAAGUGUAACUUUGACAAGGUCAACAACACGUAUUGCCCAAUCUUCAGAGUGGGAGAUGUGGUCCGUUAUGCUCAUCAGAACUUCACCAAACUGGCAGACAAGGGAGGCGUGAUUGGAAUAAAGAUUGGCUGGAUGUGUGAUCUGGACAAAUCAGAUGAUCAGUGUAACCCUUCAUACUCAUUCACCAGACUGGAUGCAAUGUCACAGAAGAAUGCUGUCUCCCCAGGUUACAAUUUCAGGUUUGCCAAGUAUUAUAAGAUGGAGAAUGGAACUGACUAUCGCACACUGGUCAAAGCCUAUGCCAUAAGGUUUGAUGUGCUUGUCAAUGGAAAUGCAGGAAAGUUCAACAUGAUUCCCACACUUAUCAACAUGGUGGCAGCUUUUACAUCAGUUGGAGUGGGUACUGUCCUGUGUGACAUCAUACUGCUCAACUUCCUGAAGGGAGCAGAUUUGUACAAGGCCAAGAAAUUUGAAGAGGUGUUGGACAAUUCCGUGGAUUCUCUAAACAACAGGCUUUAUCGCUCCCAGUUAUCGCUUCAAAACGAUGUGACUAUGGUGAAUUCCAGUGACUGGGGAGCAUAUUCCAUUGACUCUUAUAGUGGGUAGGGUUAAAAGGAGGAGGAAAGAGUAGGAGGAUCCAAGGCUAUUCUCAAAAUAUUAUGUGACAAUGUAUUUAAAGAAAACAAAUGCAAAACAAAAUUGCAUGUUGAUAUGUAGGCUCAGUUUUUGAGUCAUCAUUAAAGACUUAGUUGUGUAUUAACAGCGUAAAAAAAAUAUUUAUAA